AAAGGACUGUACCUACAUGAGAUCGGGCAUGCCAUUGGACUGGUACAUGAGCACCAGCUGCCUGACCGUGACAACUACAUCAGUAUCCAGUACCAGAAUGUGGCACCUCAUAUGCGGAUCUGGUUCAACAAGUAUGCUUCAGCCGAGGUCAACCAGAUGAUUGUGCCCUACGAGUAUUCAUCUGUGAUGCAUUACGGAAUUACUGCAUUUUCAUAUGAUGGGAAAGCACAGACAAUCCGUGCCCAUGACAAGGCCAAGGAGGAGACGAUUGGCAAAGUUUAUCUCAAAGAACUGGCAUACACAGAUGUUCAUAUUGUUAAUUUGAUGUAUAACUGUUCAGGUCACUGUCCUAACCAGAACCAGUGCGGACCCGAGGGUUACCUGGACCAGAACUGCAACUGUGUCUGUCAAGAUGGCAGCAGCGACUGUGAUACCACCAAGACAGCAUCAGAUAAAACUUGUGUAAACAUCUAUGACAGCUGGGCCUGCUACAUCUGGGCCAACCAGGGCGAGUGUGAGAGGAACCCACUGUACAUGAAGCAGCAGUGUGCUAAAGCAUGUCAGGUCUGUGAAGCUACAGAAACCACUAAAGAUGUUGACAAUAAUUUUAUCCUGUGGCCUUGGCAGUGGUUUCCCAUGUUUGCAAACAUGCUGCCCAAAGAGUGGACAAUGUUAGGUGGUUGCAAGGAUGUCUAUGAACAGACCAAGUGCCAGGUGUGGAAGGAGAGAGGAGACUGUAUCACAAACGAGAUUUGGAUGAACCACAACUGUAAAGCCACAUGUAACCUGUGUGGUGGCAUGGGCAUUAGGGCAGAAGUCAACUGUGAAAACGUUUAUGAUGAUAACAGAAAGUGUGAUGACUGGGCCAGGGACGGGGAGUGUGCAGUCAAUGCUAAGUGGAUGCAAGCCAAGUGUAGGAAGUCCUGUGCCAUGUGUGAUCAAGAGGUAACAGACAGUGAUGAGGAAGAUGCAAAAGAUGAUGAAGACAACAUGGUAUGCGAGAACACAGAUCCAAGCUGUGAAAACUGGGCUCGAAAUGGUGAAUGUGAACGAAACCCCAGCUGGAUGAUCUCAAACUGUCGACAAGCAUGUAAUAAAUGUGAUGAUGGCACCUGCAAGAACUUCUAUGACGAUAUCCAGUGCCAAAUCUGGGCACAGAAGCUGGAGUGUAUGGUGAAUUCUGAUUGGAUGUCCAAACACUGUGCCAAGGCUUGUGGGCGAGGCUUGUGUGAAGGCAUGCAACCAGAUUUAGAAACUGUCACUCCUUCAGUUGGGAGGAAACAGACAGUUGCACCAACAACAAGGACUGGUCAUUCAGCCACUUGCAGAAACAUGCACAGCUCUGACACAGAAUGUGACAUCUGGGCCAGCAACGACCACUGCAAUAUAAACCCUAGCUGGAUGCAGAAGAACUGCGCCAAGUCCUGCCGCAAGUGUACCGGAGGAGAUACUACUGGCAGCAAGGGAGCAAAAACAACAAACCCAGAUACUGGUACAGCCAAGUUUUGUGAGGAUCUUCAAACAGGAUGUGCUGGCUGGGCUCGGCACGGCUUCUGUGACACCAAUCCCAGAUACAACCUGCUCUACUGUAAGAAGUCUUGCAACAAUUGUAACGGCUGUCGUGAUGCAGAGUUCCUCUGUGCAGUGUGGGCCAAGGACGGUCACUGCGAGAAGAAUGCCAGAUACAUGCUCAGACACUGUCAGAAGUCAUGCAAAGCUUGCUACAUGCACAAUCAGUGA